CCCUGCUCUUGGAGCCAGUUCCAGAUUCGUUCCGCUCGUCAGCACAACGCCCCGAGGGAGGGCUAGGAACUGGACUGCAAUCUCUCUUCAUAGACCUGCGUGAUGGCUCACCCAUCAUGGCUGCCCCCCAAGAACUCCAGCGAACCAGUCGGUCACGUGACUGCCCGGAUGGAGACCACCCACGCCUUCGGGACUCCCAGCAUCUCCGUGUCUACUCAGCAGACGCCCAAGAAGUUUGCUCCGGUAGUGGCCCCCAAACCCAAGUACAAUCCUUACAGACAGGCCGAAGGGGAUGGUGAUUUCCCUCCACCGCCACCCCCUCCGCCAGAAGACCCCGGGAGCCUCCCACAGCCUCCGAGUGCCUUCCCGCCUCCGCCGCCUCCGGAUCAAGCCCUUUUCCAUGUUGAGGUCAGUCCUGGGGCCAAGACGCUGGAGGAGAGGCGCUCCAGCUUGGAUGCGGAAAUCGACUCCCUGACCAGCAUCCUGGCGGACCUGGAAAGCAGCUCGCCCUAUAAGACCCGGUCUCAGCAGGUUGAUGUUGAGGAAGAGGAGGAGGAGGGGGGAAGCAGCCUUCUGGAACGCGGGUGUAACGGCAGCAAGAGGGGGCAGAGAGAGAUGCCAACUCCCGAAUCCUAG